AUGCCUGCGGGUACCAAUUGGAAUUUGAUUUUAGGCACCGCAUUUGUGGCAGUUGCCACAACCAAGGUAGUCGAGUCUCUGUACUACUACUACUCAAAUAGGCGAACGUUUUGCUCAUCGACAGAGGUUGAUAAUGAAGAUUCGCUUAUGGCCAAGCAGAUCAGAACAUCAGCUAAAUAUGACGAUGAAUUGUUUCGUGAGCAAUUAGCUCGGAACUACGCUUUUUUUGGUGAAGAUGGAAUGGAAAAGUUAAAAUCCCAAUAUAUUGUUGUCGUUGGUGCAGGUGGAGUUGGAUCAUGGGUUGUGACGAUGCUGGUCAGGUCUGGUUGCCAGAAAAUUAAAGUCAUUGACUUUGACCAGGUUUCUUUGAGUUCUUUAAAUAGACAUAGCUGUGCUAAUCUAUAUGAUGUUGGUAUAUCUAAAGUUAGUGUCUUAAAGCAACAUAUGUUAAAAAUAGCACCAUGGUGUCAGAUUGAGGCUGUGAAUGAAUUAUUUAGUAAAGAACAUGCUGAUAGACUGAUUUUCGGUGAAGAUGGUAAGGGUACUCCUACACACGUGGUUGAUUGUAUUGAUAAUAUUGAUCAUAAGGUCGAUUUACUGGAGUAUGUUUAUAAAAAGGGCAUUCCUGUGAUCUCCUCAAUGGGGGCAGCUACGAAAUCAGACCCUACAAGAAUUAAUGUUGGUGAUCUAACAACUACGGAGGAAGAUCCGCUUGCUCGUAAUGUUAGACGUCGACUGAAAUUAAAAGGUAUUGUAAAAGGCAUAACUGUUGUAUUUAGUGCAGAAAAACCGGAUCCAAGAAAGGCUAAAUUAUUACCGUUACCAGAGGAGGAAUUCCAGAAGGGUAAUGUGAGCGAGUUGACUGCACUGAAGAAUUUCCGUGUUAGAAUAUUGCCAGUGUUGGGUACUAUGCCGGGAAUAUUUGGGUUAACUAUUGCUUCCUGGGUUUUGUGCUCCGUGACUGGUUAUCCUAUGGAGCCUAUUGAAGGAAAAAACAGAAUAAAGCUUUAUGAUGGUAUUUAUCAUUCUUUAGCUGGACAAAUGUCUCGUAUUGGUAUACCAGACCAAAGGGUGCCUGUCUCUAUUAGUGAUGUUGCAUAUUUAGUAGAGGAAGUGUUUAGAGGAAAGUCCCCGAUCAGUGGCUAUUCUACCAGGCUAACUCUAUCAAAAUGGGAUCCAAACAAACCUGUAUCGUUACAAAAUGUCAUCCUGAUGACUAAAGAAGAACAAAACACACAUGAGAAACGUGUAUUGAAUGGUGGGGAAUCUCUGGAAAACGUUUAUUCCGUGGAAGCUCUUAAGCUUGUAAAGCAGAGACUUGAAGAAGAACUUUAUUAUUCUAAAUUCAGGUAA